AUGAUGUAUGUGCCAAUUGUGAUCAUUCCCUGCCCUCCAGACAGUUUCGGUGAUGCGGGCACUGACGCGGCCACCGAUGCUUCCAACAUUGCCAAUUGCUCCGACGAGAUCUCGGACUUGUGUGAGGAGUGCACGGGUCAUCUGGUCGUGAGGAGCACGUUUCUUCACAUGGAUGAUGGGCACAGCUUGAUGCAGACAUACCGGAAGCUCCGGCGGGCGAAGACAGACUUUGCCCUGAUGAAUGAUCCGGAAGUGUACGAGCCUGGAAAGCUUAGCCCAGCCAACUUCCGGGAGACUCAUCAGCAAACACAAACAAUGCAGGCACCUCACUUCCAGCCACUUCAGCCACUUCAGCCACUUCAACCUGUAUCCGAUGUCCAUCCUUGCAAUGGCAAGCAGCAGGCUCAGGAAACUCAGAUUGGCAAAGGCAAAGAACGGACCACUGUGAUGUUGCGCAAUUUGCCCAACAACUACACGCGGGAGAUGUUCUUGAAGAUGUUGGAUGACCAUGGGCUGAUGGGCAAAUAUGACUUUGCAUACUUGCCCUGUGAUUUCUACCGCGAUGCAAAUUUGGGCUAUGCUUUCGUGAACCUGGUGGACGGCAAGGCUGUUGAUGAAUUGUGGAAGAUUUUCCAUGGCUUUUCGGAUUGGGCAUUGCCUACUGCUAAGGUUUGCGAAGUAAGCUGGAGUGGACCCCAUCAAGGAUUCAAAGCCCAUAUUGAGCGCUAUCGAAACAGCCCAGUGAUGCAUAAGAGUGUGCCUGACGAGUACAAGCCAGUAAUGUUCAAGAACGGUGUCCGAAAGCCAUUCCCCAGGCCUACCAAGAAGGUAUUGCUGGAGCGCCUCUCCGCUCGAUCCAACACGACGCGCUACCACUCCACCGAGAUCCACUGCGCGUUGCUGGGCAAAUUUGGUCACGUCACUCCGUUCCUACAGCACGUGGAUGCUGUGGUCUCGGCCGCCGCAUGGCGGUGCUUGCGAUGUCUGCUUUUCUGCAGAGAUGAAGAUGAUCAAGAGGCACUUCAGCUACAACGACGUGCUGCGGUUCAACGAGCUUUGCGUGCGCUACGUGCCUGGUCGCGAGAGGAGCUGCUGUCAAUAGACACCUUUGCACGAGCAGCUGAAGCUGUGGAAGUGUUGCGCUGGAGUGUGGAGGCCGGAGUGGAGAAUGCCAAGCAAAUCCUGGAAUCUGGGAUCCUGGUCAGCAUGGCCAAAAGCUUCAAGGCUUCACACCUUGGUCUACGACGCAGCCUCUUGCGGCUUUUAAGCGCUUUACUGGCAGCCAACUUUACGGAUGCAGCACCUGUGAUCUUCAAGGCUGGUCUGUGGACGUCAGUAGUCUCAGCUUGCGAAGACCUCACUGUUGAAGAGGGCAACGACGAGUUGGGCGAGUUGGAUGUGUUGACGGUCAAGACGGAUGUGGUUCUUUUAGUGAUACAAGGGACUGGAGAAGAUUCCCAGCUGCUGCUGUGGCUGUCGAAAAGCACUGCUUUGUUGCAACAGUGGCAGUGGACCCUGCAGAGCCUGGGCGUUGCUGUACAGAAACAAGUCGGAGGUCACGGCCUGCUUCGCGUGGCAAACCUCCUUCGGCUCCAUUUGGCUGCACUUUUGAGAUUCAUGGAGCUGCCGAUUGAGGAGCUGGGGCUCACGGACAGUGACUUCCUCUUCUCUUGGCAAGUGACUGUGGCUUUGGGCGAAGCGCUUCAGGCCACCGAGGCGGACAUGCCGAUGGAAACGCAGCAGCUGGCAACUGCUGCACUUGUGUCGUGGGCUGCCAUUCGCAUGAAGGAAGUCUCAGAGACCGGCGAUUCUGCCGCGUUGGCCACGCUGGGCACGCGAGCCUCGCAACACCUGCUGCGUGUUUUGAGCUUCUCGGUGUGUUUGGUGUGCACUUGCAACGAAGUCUAA